GGGAACCAUCUGGAAUCACCGAGUCAGGUUUCUUGAAGACAGAGUCCUGAGCUCCUGGACAUCAUUCACCAUUUGGAAUGCUGGCAAGCAAGGCAAAAAGCUCUACAGAAGCUUGUCACCAGCUAAUCAGAAAAAGGUAACUGCAUUCUGUGAUGUUGAUGAAAAGAAAAUAACAAAAGGAUUCUAUACUUAUGAAGAAUCUGAGGAGAGACCAAAACCAAAAAUUCCUAUAUGUCACUUCAGAGAUGCAACUCCACCUUUCAUUAUCUGUGUGAAGCUGGAUUUGACAGGUGGAGCGUUUGAAACAAACCUGAACAUGCUGAACUUGAAGGAAGGGAUGGAUUAUUAUCACUUUAACUAA